AUCCAUUUUCAGACCGUACUUUACUGUCUUUGGUUGCAUGUUUUGAACAAGAGUUGUGUUUUUUUUUUUUAAUCUAUGUUUUUUUUAUAUGGGAAUAAAAAAAAGGGUCUGAAGUUUUAAUCAGUCCCAAAAAUGUCCAAACUACAGCUGUUGAAUGUGUUUAUCACCGAGCGGCUAAUAUCUGCGGCUGUUGAUAUAUUUGGUUCGUCGGAAAAGACGUUAGCAGAGUACCAGGAGCGGCUAACAACAGCGGCAUUUGAGAUAUUUGUCGUGGUGGAAAAGACGAUCGCAGAGUUUCAGGGAGAAAACGAUCGUCUACGAGGGCUUCUUCUGGAUCAUUUAGGAGCAGAGUCCCAGCAGCUAACUCUCCCUGAAGAGGAGGUGUCCCCUAAGCAGCAGCAUUGUGAACAGGAGUGGAACCCCAGUCCAGGGCAGGAGGACCCAGAGCCCACACAGAUUACAGAGGAACAGGAGGAACUCAGGACCAGUCAGGAGGAAGAGCAGCUUCAAAGACUUAGGUCUGCUACCACAGAGGUUGUACAAUUGAUAUUUAUUCCUCCCUGUGUGGAAAGUGACUGUGACCAGGACUGCAAGACGGACUCUCUACCCGGCAACACAACUGAACAGACCCAAUCAGCAUUGGAUGACGAGGAUUACAGAGUAUCACAACUAACCAGUCACUUUCAUCCCCUCUCUGCAGUAAAUCCACACUGUUCUUCAGCUCUGAGCGAAAUCAUUGUAAGUAUUGAUGAAGACGAGAGUGAAGAACUACCGUCAAGGUCAAAGAAAAAACAAAGCUCUCAAGUCUGCACUAAGGCCAAGACAACCAGUGAGCUGAAAGCAUCUUUAAAGUCUCACACAAGCAGGAGACCAUACAAGUGUCAUGUGUGCAGUAAAUGCUUUAAGACACCAGGCCCUUUAAAAGUACAUUGGAGAAUUCACAAAGGGAAGAAAUCACACAGCUGUCCUUUUUGUCGUCAAAGCUUUAAGUCAUUAAACGGUCUACAACUUCACCAGAAAGUUCACACAAGGGAGAAAGAGGGGCCACAGCAAUGUCCUGUGUGCAAUGAAUCAUUUUUUGGCAUAGCUUCUUUAAAAGAGCAUCAGCGAAUUCACACAGGUAUCCCAUAUCAGUGUACAGAAUGUGGCAAUUCCUUCCGAGUCAAGGAAGACUUCAGCAAGCAUAUAAGGACUACUCACCCAGAGAGAGAACCAGUGACUCACCCAGAGAGAGAACCAGUGACUCACCCAGAGAGAGAACCAGUGACUCACCCAGAGAGAGAACCAGUGACUCACCCAGAGAGAGAACCAGUGACUCACCCAGAGAGGGAACCAGUGACUCACCCAGAGAGGGAACCAGUGACUCACCCAGAGAGGGAACCAGUGACUCACCCAGAGAGGGAACCAGUGACUCACCCAGAGAGAGAACCAGUGACUCACCCAGAGAUAGAACCAGUGACUCACCCAGAGAGAGAACCAGUGACUCACCCAGAGAGAGAACCAGUGACUCCAACAGAGAGAGAACUACAUCAGUGUUUUGUUUGUAGAAAAAGCUUCACAACACUGAGUUAUCUAGUAAUCCACCAGCGAAUUCACACCGGAGAGAAACCGUAUCAGUGUCAUGUUUGCAGAAAAGGCUUCAUUAGGAAGGAAUACCUCAUUAAGCAUAUGGUAAAUCACACUGGAGAAAAGCCGUAUCUGUGCAAUGUUUGCGGCAAAACCUUCUUAAGGAAAGCGUACCUGAGAGUACAUAUGGUAACUCACACAGGGGAGAAAUCGUUUAAAUGCUCUGUAUGUGAAAAAGGCUUCAUAUCAUCGACUUGUCUCAAACUCCACCAGAGAAUCCAUACAGGGGAGAAACCCCAUAAGUGUAACCUUUGCAGCAAAAGCUUCAUUAGGAAGGCGUGCCUGAGAGUACAUGUGGUAACUCACACAGGGGAGAAGCCUCAUCAUUGUAAAGUUUGCAGCAAAAGCUUCACUCAGAAGAAAGGCCUGAGCGUGCAUAUGAGGACUCACACAGGGGAGAAACCUUUCAAGUGCCCUGUAUGUGAAAAAUGCUUCACCUAUUCAAAUAAGCUAAAAUGCCACCAGCAAAUCCACACUGGAGAGAAACCAUAUAAGUGCCACAUCUGCAGCAAAACCUUCACUCAGAGUGGAGGCCUGUCACGUCAUAUGAAGACUCACACUGGAGAGAAACCAUACGAGUGUUCUGUAUGUGAAAAACGUUUCGCAUCUCCAACUAAUCUUAAACUCCACCAGCGAAUCCAUACAAGAGUGAAAUCAUUUACGUGCCCUGCGUGUGAGGAAGGCUUUACAUCGUCAAGUCUUCUAAAACGUCACCAGCAGAAUCACUGUGGAGAGAAGACAGAAACAAAACUACCAGCGGAAACAUUUCUCUGCAGUGACUGUGGCAAAAGCUUCCGUACCAUGAGUUACCUGAGAGUGCAUAUGAGGACUCACACAGGGGAGAAAUCAUACAAGUGCUCUGUAUGUGAAGAAGGCUUCACGUCAGCCACUUCUCUAAAACAUCAUCAGCAAAUCCACAUGGGAGAGAAAUCACAAGUUUGUGGCAAAAGCUUCCUUGUGAAGGGAGACCUGACAGGACAUAUGAUGACUCACACAGGGGAGAAAGCCAAUCAGUGUCCUACAUGUGAUAAUUGCUUUAUAACAGCAUCUGAUCUAAAAGUCCACCAGAAAAUUCACAAUGGAGGGAAACCAUAUCAGUGCAAGGAAUGUGACAAAUGCUUCACUCAAAGGUCAACAUUAAAAAAACACACAAGGUCUCACACAGAACUGCAUAUGUGCCACGUGUGCAGCAAAACCUUCACCCAAAAGGGAAACCUGACACAACAUAUGAGGACUCACACAGGGGAGAAACCAUUCAAGUGCCCUGUAUGUGAAGGAGGCUUCACGUCAGCCCCUUCUCUAAAACUCCAUCAGCAAAUUCACACUGGCGAGAAACCACAUCAGUGUGAAGUUUGUGGCAAACGCUUCAUUCAGAAGGGAAACCUGACAGGACAUAUGAAGACUCACACAGGGGAGAAACCCUUUAAGUGUGAAGUUUGUGGCAAAAGCUUCCUUCAGAGGGGAAACCUGACAAUACAUAUGAAGAUUCACACCGGGGAGAAAUCUUUUAUGUGUUCUGUAUGUGAAAAGCGCUUCGCAACACUACGUGAUAUGACACGCCACAAGAGAAUUCACACGGGAGAGAAACCAUAUCGCUGCAACGAUUGUGACAAACGUUUUAAUCAGAGUAGUUCCCUUAAAUCACACAUGAAGAAUAUCCACAAGAGAGAGAGAACAUAAUCGUCCAUUGUGUAAAACAUGUCGGUAUGAAAAUGGAAAGGUCCAUUCUAACUGACACCGGUAAGAGAACAUCAUGUCAUGGUUGAAAGGAAUGAUUGAAUGACUGAACUUGUAGAACAUUGUCUAUAUCACAUAUUGCUCAUUAUGUGUAGUGAGCUGUCUGAAUUUGUAGGCAGCAGGAGUCCUUACUGAUUAAUUAUCAAAUGAAACAUAGAAACACAUAUUUAUACUUUUGUAAACCCAUGUUUUUUUUUUUUUUUAUGUAGAGAGCUGUCUGAAUUUGUAGGCAGCAGGAGUCCUUACUGAUUAAUUAUCAAAUGAAACAUAGAAACACAUAUUUAUACUUUUGUAAACCCAUGUUUUUUUGUUUUUUUUAUGUAGUGAGCUGUCUGAAUUUGUAGGCAGCAGGUGUCCUUACUAAUUAAUUAUCAAAUGAAACAUAGAAACACAUAUUUAUACUUUUGUAAACCCAUGUUUUUUUGUUUUUUUUUUGUAGUGAGCUGUCUGAAUUUGUAGGCAGCAGGUGUCCUUACUAAUUAAUGAUAAAAAGACAGUUGUUCAAAUAUCCUUUUUCAUUCUAUCUUCACACAAAGGAAGCUUUAGGUAUUGUUAAAGGACAAUGCUCAUUGAUCAUAAAAUGUCUGAUUCAAAAUUAUUUAAUUAUCAUGUUGAAGCAAUUGUAUUUUAAUUAUGUUUAACAUGGCACUCAGAGUAAGGCGUUAGGUCCGGUAUUCAUGAAGCCACUCAUGAUGAAUUUCCACCUGAGACUUACUCCCAGGCAGUGUGUAGCCAAUGUAAAUGUUAGCUCUGUUGCUGUUUCGUUGUCCGAGGUUGCGGAACCAAAAGUAGCCGCACCGUUCCGCCCCCAUCCCGCACCGCUGGAUCCCCUGGAAAGAUCCGUAUUGUGUUCUGUAUUUAUUAUAGAUCCCCAUUAGUUCCUGCCAAGGCAGCAGCUACUCUUCCUGGGGUUUAUUAUGGAUCCCCAUUAGUUCCUGCCAAGGCAG